UUUAUAAUAUCGAAGAAUUACUUAAACAAUAACAUAGAAGAAAUAGCAAUUAAAAACGCAGAAUUAUACUUGCAAUGACUAACCUUCUUCCCUUCCACCAGAUUCCCUGUUAUCAUUUAUCUUCGUCAUCAUCACAGUUAUUUUCCAGGGGAAGAUCAAUGCUUGGAAUUACCAGCAACAACAACAUUUUUACUGUAUCUCACCAACACAGAGUAACAACCAUAAAAUGUAUGGCUAAUCCAAGAAGAGUAGCAAUGGUGGCUAAACAGAUAAGGAGGGAACUUUCUGAUAUGUUGUUGACUGACAAGAAUUUACAGUAUGCUGUCUUGCCCGAAGCUGCCCUUGGUGCUGACCGUUAUCUUUCUUCUGUUACUACUAUCAGUGAUGUUCAAAUUUCUGCUGAUUUGCAGAUCGUCAAGGUUUAUGUGUCAAUUUUUGGGGAUGAUAGAGGACGAGAAGUGGCCCUUUCUGGCCUAAAAGCUAAGGCGAAAUAUGUGCGGGGUCAACUUGGAAGGCGCAUGAAGUUGAGGAUAACGCCCGAAAUUCGUUUCAUAGAAGAUGAAUCUUUGGAAAGAGGAAGCAGGGUUAUCGCGAUAUUGGAUAAGAUAAAGAAUGAAAAUGAUCAAAACGAUGCCAAAAGUCUGGAAGAAGGGGAUGAUUUAUCUGAAGAGCCUGUAGAUGAUGAUAACUGGGGAGAGGAUGAAAAUGAUGAAGACAUUAUCUAUGUCAGAUAGAAAUUUUUUGCGAUGUGGUGAUGUUCUUUGUUCCUAUUGCCAUCUCAGGUCACAAGGAAUAGUUCAUGUUGCCGGUGGCUUCUCAUUUGUAUCCUGUCCGGUGGCUGCAAACCUUCCCAAUUUUGUGUUUGCACUGGAAACGAUGAAAGUAACCUAGUCGAGCUUAGAUCAAUAGUUCUGUAAGGAAAAAUGUAAUUUUACAAUGGAGUUGUUUGAAAGUAGUUGAGUGAUAUCUUUGUUUAAUUCAUCUCAUAAUAUAAUUUACAUGAACAUUUCUAAAAGCAAGAUCACUUUGUAUAUCAAUAGUCAAAAUAUUAUAAUUUGUUUGUCAUCA